UGGAUAUUACAGUUUGCUGCAUGAUAUAUAGACCAUGUAAACAGUGUUUCUGGGUAUAUUAAAACUGGACAUCUUAGACACGCAGAAGUUAGUUGACAUCCUAUUAAGUGAAAUUCACGGUUCUCCUUCGAAAAUUCUUGUGACAUUUCGACCUUCCGAAGAAGCUGUGUGAUAAGAGCUUAAAGGAGUGAUAUUUAAUCCGCAACAAAAUAACGAAAUUUAAAUAAACGCAUCAUUUUUUCGACAUACAGAAACAUUGGAAAUUCUAAAAUGAUAAAAAUUCAGUCAUUAAUCACGCUUUCGAUGUGCUACAUCAUUUUUCAUACUUACGUCGAUGCCUGGAAUAAUAUCGAUAAGCACAAAAUCGUGAAUAGAAAACAAUUGUGGCAAACAAACGAUAACGGAUCUGCUUUUUCCGCCGCUGCAAAACGAAAAUGGGAAUCAUUAAAAUUUCCGAAUAAUCGCAUUCAGAUUGCUAGGGAGAAAAGACUGUUCUCACUGUUCACGUUGGUGAAAUUUGACAACGGCAUCUGCGACGGAUUGAACGGGGAGAACGGCACAUGCGUUGCGGCAGCAGAAUGCGGACAGCGCGGAGGUAUCUUCAGCGGCGUUUGCGCAAAUGGUUAUGGAGUCUGUUGUAUAAUUACGGUAUCCUGCAACGGGAUGACUACCGAUAACAACACGCACUUUGUCAAUCCAAAUUAUCCGUCUACCUUCGACGGUAUGGAAUCAUGUCAAGUGACGAUAGUAAAAUCAGAUCCAGAUGUAUGCCAAUAUCGAUUAGACUUCGUACAAUUCAAUAUCAGGGGACCGGAAACGGCGAAUAAUGUAUGUGUUUACGAUCAAUUCAUCGUUUCCGGUGGUAAUCCAGUACCAACAAUAUGCGGUAACAAUGAUGGAAAUCACAUGUACAUAGAUACAGGAGUUGGACAAACCAAUCCAGUUACUUUAACCUUCGUUACAAGUGGCAACUCUUUUUCACGAUCGUGGAAGGUUCGGAUCUCGCAAAUACGAUGCAAUACGAUAUAUCGAGCCGAAGAAGGUUGCCUUCAGUAUUUCACCGGAGUUUCCGGUCAGAUAAAAUCCUUCAAUUACGAUCCCAUGAUUGGACUACAAUUGUCAAAUCAAGAUUACAGUAUAUGCAUCAGGAUGGAGAGGAACUUUUGCGGAAUCCAGUACAUGGCGUGUUCUGACGACGCUCAAGACACGAUGGCUACUACAUUAAGUACGACGAAUCAAAUAAUGCGUAGCAACUCAUUCACUCUGACGGGAAAUACCCAAACCACGCAAAUUAUGUCGAUGACAGGAACGUCCUGUAUGACCGAUUGGCUGUCAAUACCGUGCGCCACAAAUCUUGAUCGAUUACCAUCGACGUCAAUGACAUGCGUCGAUCGAUUGUGUGGUGGUACCUUCAACUCGGAAACCCUGAACUUGAAUAGCUCAUCUGUUAUUAGCACCGUAAAGCCAUUCAGAUUAAUUUUUCACACGGACAGCAUCGAGGGUCCAGGUGAUGUUGGAAAUAGAGGCUUCUGUCUUAAUUAUGUGCAACAACCAUGCACGACUAAAUUAAGAUAAAGGUCAUUUCGUUAAGUAUAAUUAAAGGACUAAAGCGUAAGUUUACGGAAUCCCAAUUUUUAUUUCAAAAAUUUGACACAUAUUUUUUGUUACCAUGUCAAUGUAUAAAGGAAUUCGCAUA